GAGUGGGUGACGGAGAAAGGACGAGGCUUGGAGGUAAGGUGGAACAGGUGAAAACGAGACGGAGGGGAAAAAAGGAAAGCUACGAAGACAACAGAAUUGUGUGAGUAGGAGAAAGAGAGAUUGAGAGUGGAGAGAGAUAGGAAGGGAUGAUGAAAAAAGAGGCCGAGGCAGAGACCUACAUAUUCCGCGGGGCCAAUGAGACGGCGCAAUGUGGUGGCACGGUGUUUCUCGUCCUUUUCCAACGAGUUUACCCGAUCAUGGAACGAAGUACAGCGCAGCCGAGCCGAGGGGAGGGAAGCGAAGGUAGCUGGUCGGAGCAGAGCGGUAGACCAACUCAGUUGCUCACGAGCAUUCGCCAGAGAACGUACGAACGAAACAUGGCUGUCCGUUUCUUGAACAACGCGGGUGUCGUGCUCGCGACGUGUACGGUGUUUCUGGUGUUCGCUAACAUUCUUGUUCACGCCGAUGCCGAACAAACGCAGUCGACCUUCAACGUGGAGAAGCUGUACGUACCGGAGGUGUGCGACGCCAAGUCGAAGAUCGGUGACCAGCUAACUAUGCACUACACCGGCACGUUGCAGGAUGGCACCAAAUUCGAUUCAAGUUUGGACAGAGAUCAGCCGUUCACAUUCCAGCUGGGAGUUGGCCAAGUUAUUAAAGGCUGGGACCAGGGAUUGGUGGAUAUGUGCGUGGGCGAAAAAAGGAAGUUGACCAUACCGCCGGAACUCGGAUACGGAGAGAAAGGAGCCGGAAACGUAAUUCCUGGAGGUGCCACUUUAUUAUUUGAUGUUGAGUUAAUCAAUAUCAGCGAUUCUCCACCAACUGCAAAUGUGUUCAAAGAAAUUGACAGCAACCAUGACAACCAGUUAUCCCGCGAGGAGGUGAGAACAAUGGUGAGCGAGUACCUGAGGAAACAGCUGAUCGAAGCGGAGCAGGGUGGCAGCGAGAACGAGGAGGUAAAGAAGAUGCUGGGGGAACACGAUAAGCUAGUGGAGGAAAUCUUCCAGCACGAGGACAAGGACAAGAAUGGCUUCAUCUCCCACGACGAGUUCACCGGGCCGAAGCACGACGAGCUCUGAAGUCUUCGUGCCGCGUCGCCGUGUCUUCGAGCACCGCGUCGCCGUCGGCGUCGUGUCUCGCGCCACCACGUGUUCACAUCCGUGCGGAAUCGCCUCUUCGAAUCCUAUCCGGUCCGCGAACGUCACCACUGAGAGUCACAGACAGUUGUGUAUCGAUCGUGAUCGAUCGUUUUAUCCGUGGACUAUCGAACAUCCGCUUCGUCUGCAACUCGGUGAAAAUCUUUCGAGGGACAAAAGAGAUGCUGAAGAAACGGUUCUCUUCCUCGUUGGGAAGUUUCUCUCGCCAGUGUUGAUCGAAGAAGCAGAAAAAUAUAACACUCGACGCUCAUCAAAUAUAAAUUCGUUCGCAGGCAUUCCUCUUCAUCGAUCGUCGGACUGACUGUUACUCUGUACAGUAAGGAAAUCAGGAGACGAAACUCUCUGUACAUUCUCGAACUGGAACGCUCGAACGCGUUAACGAAGACGAAGAGGUUCCCGAGGAAGAGAAGCAACAGACUCGACGCUGUUGAUCGAGCGAAACAAUAAUUACACGGGCUCCGAAGAGGGAAAGCUACGUCUGAAAAGUUUUCAAAGGACCUUACGCUUUUCGCUCGUGGAUGCUGUUCACAAUGACGCGUUUAAACGCGAAACAACAGUUAAGUGCGCGGCUUUGAAGAAGAGUAAACCGCGAAGACACUGGUCGAGUGCUGGUCGAAAUCCUGGCGGGAAGCGAGGCUGUUUUACUUAACAUAAUGAUAUAUAUAUAUAUAUAAAUAUAAAUAUAGAUAGAAAGAAAAAGAGUGACAGGGAGGACGGAAGAAAGAGAGAAAGAUUAUGAAAGAUAGAAGAGAGAAAAAGAGAUAGGGUGAGAAAGAGAAACCGAGAGAAAGUGUUUUUUCUACACGACUAUAGUUGUUAGCGUAUAUCAAUUAAGCGCAUCGACUUAACGGUGCUAUAAAUCACACGCGAAAGAAACGUUUCUGUCCUUUCUCUCGAAAGCUUCUUCUUUUGUUUCUUUUUUUUUU